GGCAUGCUCUAUAAUGAUAGCCUUUGGACUGGCAGAGUAUUGUUUUGGGAAGAAGACAUUAAAAAUAGUAAACGAUGAUUUACUUUUAGAAAGAAAAAUUACUAAUUUUGGAAAUUUCCAAGAACAAGUAACGCAAAUGGAAGCUGCA